AUGGAGCCGGUAAUAGAUAGAAUUUUGAGGGAUGAGCAAGCGGGGUUUAGAAAUGAUCGUGGAUGUAAUGAUCAGAUAUUUGUGGUUUGGCAUGUGAUGCAACGGGCGAAUGAAUUGAAGGUCCCACUAAGUUUGCGUUUCGUGGAUUUUGAGAAAGCAUGUGAUAUUGUUUCGAGGGGAGCGAUGGGGAAGGUGUUGGGGCAUUAUGGUGUUCCAGAGUGGUUGGUGAUCUUGGUGACAAAUCUACAUGAGAAUACAAUAUGUAAAGCAUCAUUGAGUGAUGCUUUUGAAGUUAAGUCUAGGAGAUUGUGCAAUUGA